AUGGGUCGCGAUACACCUUCCACAACCACGGCUUUCAACAAGCUUCCAAUUGAGCUCAACAAAGCGAUAGCUCACUAUCUCGAGACGGAUAAAGACAUCUCCAACUACAGUCAGUUGUGCAGGGCCACGAGUCAUGCUGUCGACGGCGACAACCUCUCGUUCUGGCGCACCAAGUUCCGCGAGAAGUACGCCUGCAAGGCUGGCGUACCGAACAAGGACCUCAAGCAGAAGUACACAUUGCGUUCGAAGUGGCUGUACCGCGGGACGGGCGUCAAAUUCGUUCGCGGCCACGGGAAGGACGAGCGCCAGGUCGUCGAAAUCCUGGCGGAGAUGAUCAAUGAGACCUUCCAAGGCCCGGCCCAGCUCGACGAAGAAGGUCACCCACGCUGCCCGAACCAAGUCCAGCUUCUGAAGUUCAUCAUGGACUCACGAAUCCUGCUUGACAAAAGCCGUCCACCGCCGCCCAAGAAGGGCCAGCCUACCUAUGUCGACCAGCGCCUAGCUGCCGUGAAGCUGAUGUGCGCUCACUUUUUGUUUGAUCUAGAGGGACUGAACCAGUACGUUUUCGCCGUCGAAGAGUCCCAGCAAGCCGUCUACGCGCCCACGAACGAGGCUCCGAUCUACACGGGGCCCAGUAAGACCGAUGUGAAUCUGGAGUGGGUUCUGCAUUGCCUGAACUUUUUCCGCCACCACAUGACGAACAAACACGCCUCUCAGCUCUGCGACAAGAUGCGCGAUUUGCCAGCAUCGCAGAAGCCAUCCGUUUGGCGUGGCCCUCUCAAGAACGGUUCCCAUCCGCUAGGCAAGUACUGGAAAGGUACAUAUGCGUACCUUGAGAAUCCGGAUCUCCAGAAGUUUCGCAGGAUGUCGGAAGACAAGAAGAAGGCCCUCAGAACCGAGGAUAUCUACUUCGCCGACAUGAACGUUGAGGAGGGCCAAAUUCAGUCACUCCAGAUUGAUUCCAUCAAGGAGGGCGGAAUGAAAUGGCCGCAGAUCUUCGAGGACCGCCUUCAGUCCCUCCGUAAGAUCUCCAACGAGGAUCACCCCACCCGCACGCGUGCGCAGCAUAAGGUAGACUACUCAAAGGACAUCCAGCUCACAGGAUGGGGCCAUGACUACGACGACGAUUUCUACUCCUUGGGCUGGCUGAACCCUCUACCGGAGCAAGGCGGCAUCCCAGGCUGGCAGCGCAUCACCCUCAUGAAGCACUUCUUGGACGAAUUCGAGCAGGAGAUCGAAGAGGACAACCUCUGGGCCUAUGAGGGUGUCGUAUUGCCCGGUGGCAGGAUCAUCCUUGGGCGAUGGUGGUAUGCCACUGACGAGGUUGACUUCGACAAUGACUACAACGGGCCGUUCAUCCUCUGGGCUGUGGACGAGCCUGACCUUGAAGAUGAGGAGGGGACGCAAGCCGAGGACGACGCAUGA